AUAAAGUAUGGCUCUGACUGGAGACCACAUGGCUUGGCAACAAAGAGUAAUGAAAGAGACUAGCGCCUCUAAUAAUUUCUUUGAGAUCGAUAAGAGGUCUAUCAGGUCCAAAGGAGGCUACAGUACCGUCUCUUCUUUAUUCGACCCUGAUGUGGGAGUGUCGAACCCCAAUAUGAUGAGGGACAAGAAAGUUGGGGAGAUCAAAGCAAAGCAUAAUUUCUAUAUUAUGCCAACAUUCAAUAAAGAUAAUCUCCGGAAGCACACUCAGCAGUACAGGAAGGAAUUUGAUGAUGAAACCUUGACCCUAUAUUCUGGAGGUGGAUAUAUUGCAAAAUCUAGACUUGGAAGUACUUACUCUAAAAAGAGAAGAAACACUACUCAUGGCAAUAGAAGAGUAGCAGGCCAGAGUAAUAAUAAGAAAAGAAGAACAAGAAGGUUUAAUGAGGAUCUGGACACAGCCUCACAGAAAAGUAUUCAUCGGAGAAGAGCUUUCUCAAAGACCGCUCAGAAGGGCUUCCAGACUACUGCUUAUCCUGGGUCUUAUCACUUCCAACAGCCUCAGCUGGAGGCUGAAGCUGCAGACACCAAGAGCAAGGUCUUGCAAAAGAUUGAAGGCAUGACUGAAGAGGAGAUAGAAAAGAUAUCUAAACAAUUAGAUCAGAUAAAUGGAAAAGAACAGCCAGAGAACUUGAAUGAGCAGGAUGACCAUGACCUUGAAGCUGAGGAAAUAGGAGAUCAAGUCAAUGAUCUCCCUGAAGAUAUCAGAGCUGACGAUAAAAUGUCAGUAACUGAAUUAUCAGAGUAUGGCUCAAGACAAACAGACAAUGUUACUAGGAGUUCCCAGAGAAGCUCCAAGUCCUAUGUAGAAAAGCUGAGAAGAGAGCUAGAGAGUGAAAGGACUGAGAGGAAAAAGAUUGAGCUUGAGAUUGAGAAAUUGAAGAAAUUGUCAAGUGAAAUUAGCUCAAAACUCGGAAUUAACAUACAGAAAAAGUAAAUAUGAAAAUUAUGUGUUAGAAAGUAGAAAUUUUGACUUUCA